GCAGCUAGACGGAAGACCCAAAUGCUUAUGGGAUGACAGUAUGACACAAUACGAGGAAUAAGGAGGUGACAUUUAUAACAUUAUUUUGGUCUUUUGACCCUUUCCUUUUUUGAAUUGAAAACGGCUUCUUGCUUUCAUUUGUCAAAAGCUUAUUGCUUUCAUUUGUCAAAAGCCAGCUGGUAAUCGUGCUCUCCACGUUGUUCCUUUCUUUCUCCAAUUCUUCACACAGUCAUCUCAUUCUUUCUUUCCCCAAUAUCGUCAAUUUUAGUCUCUAUCAAAGUAUGGAUCAUAGAAAGCAACUUGAGUAAUGGGUUACUAAGAAUCAGCUGCUUGAAAUGGAUCCAGCGUUUCAGGGAGCAGGAGUCAGACCUGGUUUGGAUAUUUGGGGAGUAGAGAAUCUCCAAUUAGUCCGGAUCCCUAUAUCCUUGCACGGGAAGUUCUACUCCGGAAGUGCUUAUCUACUUUUACAUACAUUGUUGCUCAAGAGUAGAACAUUUCAGCAUGAUAUACACUAUUGGCUUGGAAGUAAUGCGAAACAGGAAGAUGCAAACUUGGUUUCAGACAAAGCUCUUGAACUGGAUGCAUCACUCGGGUCAUAUGCUGUACAAUAUAGAGAAGUUCAAGGGGAAGAAACUGAGAAGUUCUUGUCAUACUUUAAGCCUUGUGUUAUCCCAAUUGAAGGUGUAUUUUCAUCUGGUCCGGCUAAUGAAAGCAGUGAGGAAUACACAAUCAGCAUGUUAACAUGCAAAGGAGACCGUGUUGUUCAUGUCAGAGAAGUUGCAUUUUCACGAUCAUCCUUGAACCAUGAUGAUGUAUUUAUACUUGAUACGGCAUCAAAGAUUUACAUUUUCAGUGGAUGUAACUCAAGCAUUCAGGAAAGAGCAAAAGCUUUGGAGGUUGUUCAAUAUAUUAGAGAUAAUAAGCAUAACGGAAGAUGUGGCAUUGCAACUAUAGAUGAUGGAAAAUUUGUUAGUGAUCCUGAUGUUGGUGAGUUCUGGAGCUUAUUUGGUGGUUAUGCCCCCAUUCCUAAGGGCUUGCCCUCUAACAUUGAAGCAGCAGCAGCUGAUAAUGCAGUGCUGAAACUCUAUUGGAUAAACACACAAGGAAAGCUUUCUGAGGUUGGAAGUGGUGAUACUCUAAACAAAGAGAUGCUUGAUUCUAAUAGGUGCUACAUGCUUGACUGUGAUUGUGAACUUUUCCUUUGGGUGGGAAGAUUCACGACAGUUACGGAGCGGAAGAGUUCUAUUUCUUCGGCAGAAGAUAUCCUCCGGUCUCAGGGCAGAUCAGCUGGGACCCAUUUAACAUUCUUAACCGAGGGAACAGAAACUGCCGUGUUCAUGUCAUACUUUAGAGAUUGGCCUCAAUCUGUAGAACCAAAGUUAUAUGAAGAAGGCCGAGGAAAAGUAGCUGCAAUAUUUAAGCACCAGGGUUAUAGUGUGAAGGAGCUUCCCGAAGAAGAAGAUGAAGAUCAAGUCAUGGAUUUGAGUGGCAAAGUAAAGGUUUGGCGGAUAAGUUGUGAUGAUGAUAGAACUUUUAUUCCUUCCACGGAGCAUUCAAAACUAUACAGUGGGGAUUGCUAUGUCAUCCAGUAUACUUUUAUGAAUAAUAAUGAAAGGGAGGAGAACUUGUUCUAUACUUGGAUCGGUCUUCAAAGUGUUGUGGACGACCGGGCUGAUGCAAUCUCCUAUAUGAUUGAACUCACUGAAUCCACAAAGGGUAAUACAGUUAUGGGUCAAAUAUAUGAGGGCAAUGAACCAAAUCUCUUUUUGUUAAUUUUCAAGAGCUUGGUUGUUUUCAAGGGAGGUAAGAGUACAAGAUAUAAAAAGUCCCUUGCUGAUAAAGGUAUUGGCGACAAUACUCUUGGUGAGAGUAAGGUGGCGUUGUUCCGAAUCCAAGGAACAAGUCCAUGUAACAUGCAAGCCAUUCAAGUUGAUCAUGUUCCAAGUUCUCUCAAUUCAUUCUAUUGCUACAUCUUGAAGACUAACACAUCUACAUUUACUUGGGUCGGAAAUCUUUCAUCUUCAAGAGACCACGAUCUUCUUGACAGAAUGUUAGAAAUGAUAAAUCCGAUAUGGCAGCCAGUCAUGGUGAGGGAAGGUAGUGAACCCGAUGCUUUCUGGAAUGCAUUGGGAGGUAUGUCAGAUUACUCUUCAGAAAAGGAAAUAAAGGCAUUUAAGGAGGAUCCACAGUUGUUUGUAUGCAUCUUUACUAAAGACGAUUUGAAGGUCAAAGAGAUAUUUAAUUUCUCCCAGGAUGAUCUCACUACUGAAGAUGUCUUGAUACUAAAUUGUCAUAGUGAAAUCCAUUUUUGGAUAGGGCGCAAUUCAAGUAUCAAGUCAAAGCAGGAAGCUAUUGAUUUUUUCCAGAAGUUUCAUGGUAAGGAGACUCCCAUUGGAAAGCUUUCUCCCUACAUUCCUGUCUAUAUUGUAACAGAAGGUUGUGAACCGCCAUUCUUCACUCAAUAUUUUGAAUGGGAUUUCUCCAAGGCAAACAUGCUUGGCAACUCAUUUGAGCGGAAGCUUGCUAUUUUGAAAGGAAAACAUCAAAUACUGGAAGCCCCAUCCAGGAGUUCAUGGAAAGCUACCCCAAACACUUCAAGAAGUAGGUCUGUUGGGGCUGCUCAUGGGUACAGAAGAAGGAGUUCAUCCCCUGCUCCUUCGGCUUUUUCUGGCAGCUCUUCAGUAAAAUCUGUACACAGUAACCGUUUUUCUAGCCCACCACCGACUUCUGUUACCAGAAAGAUUUUUGUAGGAUCUUCAGAUCGUCAUCAUACUAAUGGUUUAUCCAUGUCUACGGGUAAGGCCACUCCGCAAAUCAGUCAGAGUGAGGCCAAUAAAAACUUGCCAAAAUAUCCAAAUGAACAACUGACAAUAGGGUCGAAAAAUCCGGUGACGGGUCCACAAAUCAGUCAGAGUGAGGCUGAUGCAAACUUGCCAAAAUAUCCAUAUGAACAACUGACAAUAAGGUCGAAAAAUCCGGUGGCAGGCAUAGACAUUACCAGACGGCAGGCAUACUUAUCGGAAGAGGAGUUCCAUGAGAAAUUUGGAAUGACAAGAAGUAUCUUUUAUGGCCUUCCAAAAUGGAGACAGAACAAGCUGAAGAUGACUCUCGAUCUCUUUUGAGAAAGCCUGUGAGAAUCCUACAGAGCAAUCAUGGAAGCACAUGGAGGAUAUGCUUCAGUAUACAGCAAGUUAAGGCUGUCAGUUAGGAGGCAUGGAAACUAGAGUGUUUCCAUUCGGGAAACUACGAAAACUUUUUAGCUAACUCUUCAAACAUUUGUUUUGCACGUGCAACGUGCGACAUAGCUGGCAAUGUGAUCAACAUUUGUGUGCAGAUUUGUCGGUUUGUUUGUUU